AUGCGCCACGCUGCAAAAGUACAAGUGUCGUUGCAGCGCCUGCCAAUCGCAGCACCUCUGGCAUGCAAGCCAUUAGUUCUUGCAGCACUGGUAGAGACCGCUAACGAGGAGACUCUACAAACAGACGCUGUGGAAGCCAUCACUGCAGCAGUGUGGCUCCAGAUGCGAGUGGCCACCGCGGUGGACAGUUUCCUGAACUGCGUCGCUUCGGGAUGUUUGUGUUUGGUAACUUGGGCGUGUCGCAAACGCAUGGAUGCCCAGCCAGCACUAUGGGUCCUGGCAAUCAUACAGUUCAAAGAGGCUGUGGAGUUGCUCUGGCAGCUUGUUGUCUACUGCUGGAGCCGUGUGUCCCGCGUACGCAACAUUAGCAAGAACUUCCAAAGCUGCGGCCGUUUGCAUGUGGAUCGCGUGAAUGGAAAGCAAAUGAAGCUGCUGGGAGAUGUAGAUCUCUUCUUUGUGCAGCCUGCGCCCAGCUUGGAAACUCUCGUUGAUGUCCUCUUCUUGGUAGCUGGCUUCUUCGCGAUCUACGGCCAGAUGGAUCGCUGCAGCGAUGGCGAGUUGGAGCCGUACAGCCUUCGUGGAGAGCGGUGGAUGGGGCCCUACCUCCUAACCAUUCUGUCAGCCGUUCGAGACACCGGGGCGUUCUUCUUCGUCACCUCCCUCUGUGUCGCAAGCGCGACCCAUGCCUACGUGAUCAUGAAUCCUCGAGGCGAGGACGAGUACCCCAUAUACUCUUCGUUCCUGCACACGGUACGAUUGGCCAUCUUCGGGGACUUUGACCUCUUUGAAUACCAGGGCCAGGACACCACCUUUCAGCUUGUGGAGGGCGAGUGGGCGCCGAAUGACCCCAGCCCGAAGGAUGUGGGAGAG